AUGGCUUUAUCUUCCGUCACAAGAAACGUGUUUUCAAUUCUUCCUCUUCUCGUUAUCAUAACAAUCACCCCUCUGUCUUCAUCUUUUUCUCCGACUGACAAAGUCACAACAGAACUACUUAACCAACUCUGCGCAAAACCGCCAAUUGAUAACAUUACUUUCUGCAUCUGGCAAACCUCUUCUGCGGUAACCAUAGCCCUCGACCUAGGUGGUCUUGUGGAUAUGGUCCUCGAAAAGACGCGAGUGUUUGGCAAUAUGAAUCUUUCGGCAAUGAAAGACUUAGCGACAACAACGACUGAUCCGUAUCUCAAGGACACUUAUAAGAUUUGUGCGAUAGAUUAUGAAUUAGCCGUUACAGCAAUCGAGGGAGCUCAAGUGUUUGCGAGGUCUAAAUCGUACGAGCUAGUACCUCAGGCAGCUUCUAAAGCCUUGGACAUUAUAUCUUCGUGUGAGGCUGACCUUAAAGAUCUGAAAAACGUGAGUAAUUCUAUACGCAAUUUGGUGUUUGAGAGAAUGUGUAACAUUGGUAGCGUUUUCUCCAGCGUUUUGACGUCUUGA